AGUCACUUCCUGUGCGGAACCGCGGCCUGGGCGGAGGACUGGUCACUGGCGCUGGGUCUGAACCGGUAGAUCGGGAGGAGGCGGCGUGUGGGCGUCGGGACGCACGGCCGUCGCCAUGCCGUUUCUGCACGGCUUUCGCAGGAUCAUCUUCGAGUACCAGCCCCUGGUGGACGCUAUCCUGGGCGCCUUGGGCAUCCAGGACCUGGAGCGGCAGGAGCCCCUGGACGAUUAUGCUGCCGGCGAGGAGAGCCGCAUCCUGGUCCUCACUGAGCUGCUGGAGCAGAAGGCCCACUCUCCAUUCUACCAGGAAGGUGUGAGCAAUGCUUUGCUGAAGAUGGCUGAGCUGGGGCUGACUCGGGCAGCUGCUGUCCUUCUGCAGAGUGGGGCCAACCUCAAUUUUGAAGACCCUGUUACCUAUUACACAGCCCUGCAUAUCGCUGUCCUGAGAAACCAGCCUGACAUGGUGGAGUUGCUGGUGCGCCAUGGGGCUGACAUCAACCGGAGGGACCGGAUCCAUGAGAGCAGCCCCUUAGAUCUGGCCAGCGAGGAACCUGAACGUCUGCCCUGCCUGCAGCGCCUCUUGGAUCUUGGAGCAGAUGUCAAUGCAGCAGACAAAAAUGGGAAGACAGCACUGCUGCAUGCUCUGGCUAGCAGUGAUGGAGUGCAGAUCCACAACACAGACAACAUCCGGCUCCUCCUGGAGGGAGGGGCAGAUGUCAAGGCCACCACCAAAGAUGGGGACACUGUGUUCACAUGUAUUAUCUUCCUCCUUGGUGAGACUGUCUGUGGGGACAAGGAGGAGGCCCCGAUGAUCAACCGCUUCUGCUUCCAAGUUACACAGCUUUUGCUGGCCCAUGGGGCUGAUCCCAGUGAGUGCCCAGCCCAUGAGUCGCUCACACACAUCUGCCUCAAGAGCUUCAAGCUGCACUUUCCCCUCCUGCGCUUCCUGCUGGAGUCUGGGGCCGCCUACAACUGCUCCCUGCAUGGUGCAUCCUGUUGGUCUGGCUUCAGCCUCAUUUUUGAGAGGCUGUGCUCCCACCCAGGCUGUGCUGAAGAUGAUAGCCACAUUGAGCUUCUGCAUAAGGCUGAGACUGUGCUGGACCUCAUGGUGACUAGCUCCCAGAGGCUCCAGCUACCUGAGAACUUCAACAUCCACCCAGUGGGUAGCUUGGCAGGGAAGAUCCAAGCCCUGCAUGCCUCCCUGAGGCAGCUAGAGAGCUACCCACCACCUCUCAAACAUCUGUGCCGUGUGUCCAUCCGGCUAUGCCUGCGGCCAUGGCCUGUGGACACCAAGGUCAAAGCCCUGCCCCUGCCUGACCGGCUCAAGUGGUACCUGCUCAGUGCACACAGUGGUACAGAAGACAACUGCUGAUGGACCCUGGAACAGAGUGGUCAGGGUUGGCUGAAGCCAACCUGCAGGUAGACCUGGUACUUGUCACAGCCUCUGGAGGGUCUUUUAUCUGGGCAAGCUUUUGCCCUUUACUGAAAUGAAACAACUAGGGUAGUGCCCUGGGGGCCAAAGGCAUGGCUGCCUCCCGGAGACUCCCACCUCCUUCCUCCCUCUGCAUUCUCAAGUCAGCCACAUUUUGGAGGGGCUGGUGUGGACAGGACACAUCUGCCCUCUGAAUUGGGAGCUGAGCAGGCAAUUUGCAGAAGCAGGUGAGCAGAGACCAGGCCCCUUGGAGCUUUGGCAGCUGAUUGACCCUGAGGGGAGGCACAUUCCUGGGUCUUUCAGGGACCAGUGCCAAAUUCCUGGACCAUCCAGUUAGGCCCUGCUCUGUCACCUCAAGUCUCACAGUGUUUUAAGGCGCUAGAGAUGGCACUGAGGCUACCAGAGUGGUGGUGAUCUUCUGGAUUAGAGGCUUGCCCCAUCCUAUAGCCUUUAGUGACCUGUGGUUGGUGGCAGCUCUGCUCAUGCCACGUCCAGGUCUUGGGGACUGUGCCUUCUGCUUAAAGGUGUCAUGAGCACAACAGGACAGUCUGUCUCAAGGGCCUGGCUUUGUGAGGGGCUCCCCAAACAUGUCACUGAGGCCAGAAGCUGGCUCUCCUCUCUAAUGCUAAGCUCUUGCAGGCCCUUCCCAGGCAGCUUGGCCUUUGGGAGUGAGCAGAGAUGAUUAAAAAUAUUUAUAAAAUUAAA